AUGUUCAGAGCAAUCACUGGACUUGAGCUCAUUCGACUUGAAUCUGCCAAAACCAUUUUAGACACUCCAGCAGCAGAAUUGCUUGGUGCCGCGUGUUCAGAGCACGUAUGCGAUGAUUUAAUAGCUGAUGAAUUCGGCCCCUGUGGCUCAAGGGUCAACUUGACACAAGAAGUUCUGGCACUUACUCAAUUGAAGCUGAGACUUGAACGAGUCUAUGAGGUCUUCGCAAAGACUAUCGGCUGA